CCCGCCGCCCUGCGGCGCCCCGCCCUCCCCAACCGCCCGCCUAGCAUGGUGCGGCGGCCGCGCGCGCCGACAUGGGGGAGAAGCUGGAGCUGAGGCUCAAGUCGCCCGUGGGGGCCGAGCCCGCCGUCUACCCGUGGCCGCUGCCGGUCUACGACAAACAUCAUGAUGCUGCUCAUGAGAUCAUCGAGACUAUCCGAUGGGUCUGUGAAGAGAUUCCAGAUCUCAAGCUUGCCAUGGAGAACUACGUUUUAAUUGACUACGACACCAAAAGCUUUGAAAGCAUGCAGAGGCUGUGUGACAAGUACAACCGUGCCAUCGACAGCAUCCACCAGCUGUGGAAGGGCACCACCCAGCCCAUGAAGCUGAACACACGACCGUCCAAUGGGCUCCUGCGACACAUCCUGCAGCAGGUCUACAACCACUCAGUGACCGACCCUGAGAAGCUCAACAACUAUGAGCCCUUCUCCCCUGAGGUGUACGGGGAGACCUCCUUUGACCUGGUGGCCCAGAUGAUUGAUGAGAUCAAGAUGACUGAGGACGAUCUCUUUGUGGACUUGGGCAGUGGUGUGGGGCAGGUUGUCCUUCAGGUUGCUGCAGCCACCAAUUGCAAGCAUCACUAUGGAGUGGAGAAAGCAGACAUCCCAGCUAAGUACGCGGAGACCAUGGACCGAGAGUUCAGGAAGUGGAUGAAAUGGUAUGGAAAAAAGCAUGCAGAAUACACACUGGAACGAGGCGAUUUCCUCUCAGAAGAGUGGAGAGAGCGGAUCGCCAACACAAGUGUUAUAUUUGUGAAUAACUUUGCCUUUGGUCCUGAGGUGGAUCACCAGCUGAAGGAGCGGUUUGCAAACAUGAAGGAAGGUGGCAGAAUCGUGUCCUCGAAACCCUUCGCACCUCUGAACUUCAGAAUCAACAGUAGAAACUUGAGUGACAUUGGCACCAUCAUGCGCGUGGUUGAGCUGUCACCCUUGAAGGGCUCGGUGUCGUGGACGGGGAAGCCAGUCUCCUACUACCUGCACACCAUCGACCGCACCAUACUUGAAAACUAUUUUUCUAGUCUGAAAAAUCCAAAACUCAGGGAGGAGCAAGAGGCAGCUCGGCGUCGGCAGCAGCGAGAGAGCAAGAGCAAUGCGACCACCCCCACCAAGGUCCCCGAGAGCAAGGCGGCUGCACCCACCAAGGUCCCCGAGAGCAAGGCGGCUGGGCCCGCUGAGGCCCCCAGGGAUUCUGGUGCUGAGGAGGAAAAAGCGGGGGUAACCACUGUCAAAAAGCCAUCUCCCUCCAAAGCCCGGAAGAAGAAAUUGAACAAGAAGGGGCGGAAGAUGGCUGGCCGAAAGCGCGGGCGUCCCAAGAAAAUGAACACUGCAAACCCCGAGCGCAAGCCCAAGAAGAACCAAUCUGCACUGGAUCUCCUGCACAGCCAGACCGUGUCCCGGACAGCAUCCUCCUCGCCCCAGGAUGCCUGCCGGUCACCUCACAGCCCGUUCUACCAGCUACCUCCCAGUGUGCAGCGGCACUCCCCCAACCCACUGCUGGUGGCGCCCACCCCACCUGCGCUACAGAAGCUGCUAGAGUCGUUCAAGAUUCAGUACCUGCAGUUCCUGGCUUACACGAAGACCCCCCAGUACAAGGCCAACCUGCAGCAGCUGCUGGACCAGGAGAAGGAGAGGAACGCCCAGUUGCUGGGCACCGCACAGCAGCUCUUCGGCCACUGCCAGGCCCAGAAGGAGGAGAUCAGGAGACUCUUCCAGCAAAAACUGGAUGAGCUGGGUGUGAAGGCCCUGACCUACAAUGACCUGAUCCAAGCCCAGAAGGAGAUCUCUGCUCACAACCAGCAGCUGCGGGAGCAGUCCGAGCAACUGGAGAGGGACAACAGCGAGCUGCGCAGCCAGAGCCUGCAGCUGCUCCGGGCCCGGUGUGAGGAGCUGAAGUUGGAUUGGUCCUCCCUGUCCCUGGAGAACCUGCGCAAGGAGAAGCAGGCCCUGAGGAGCCAGAUCUCGGAGAAGCAGCGGCACUGCCUGGAGCUGCAGAUCAGCAUUGUGGAGCUGGAGAAGAGCCAGCGGCAGCAGGAGCUUCUGCAGCUCAAGUCCUGCGUGCCGCCUGACGAUGCGCUGUCCGUGCACCUGCGCGGGAAGGGCACCCUGGGCCGGGAGCUGGAGGCAGAGGCCAGCAGGCUGCACCUGGAGCUGGACUGUGCCAGGCUUGCCCUGCCUCACGUGAGCAGCAUGAGCCCAGAGCUCUCCAUGAAUGGCCACGCCACCAGCUAUGAGCUCUGUGGUGCUCUGAGUCGGCCUUCUUCCAAGCAGAACACCCCCCAGUACCUCGCCUCCCCCUUGGACCAGGAGGUCGUGCCCUGCACCCCCAGCCACAGCGGCCGCCCCCGGCUGGAGAAGCUGUCGGGCCUGGCCUUGCCCGACUACACCAGGCUCUCCCCAGCCAAGAUUGUGCUCAGGAGGCACCUGAGCCAGGACCACGCUGGGCCUGCCAAGAUGGUUGCCAGUGAGCUGCACCCGCGAGCUGAGCACGCCAAGGAAACCAGCCUUCCCUGCCAGAGCCCUGGCCUCUCAAGCAGCAUGAAGCUGAGCCCUCAAGACCCCCGGCCCGCUUCUCCAGGAGCCUUGCCCAUAGCAGGAGAAAAGAGCAGUGAAAAGAGUGGGAAGGAGCGAGCCUAUGGCAGCCAUGGGGAGACCAUCACCAGCCUACCCAUCAGCAUCCCGCUCAGCACUGUGCAGCCAAACAAGCUCCCGGUCAGCAUUCCCCUGGCCAGUGUGGUGCUGCCCAGCCGCGCCGAGAGGGUGAGGAGUACCCCCAGCCCUGUGCCGCAGCCCCGAGACUCUUCGUCCACCCUGGAGAAGCAGAAUGGUGCUAACACCCAUGCCGCUGGGAGUAGUGCAGGAGGCAGGGGGCUCUCUCUGGCACCCACAGGAUUCUACGCUGGCUCCAUGGCCAUCAGCGGGGCCCUCGUGGGCAGCCCUGCUCCACUCGCCUCUGGAGCUGAGCCUGUGGCCCUGGAUGAGCCCUCCAGCUCCGGGAGCCUCUUCACCACUGUGGGGUCCCGCAGCACCACGCCGCAGCACCCUCUGCUGAUGCCGCCCCGACACCCGGGCCCCGCCUCUCCUGCCCACCCGCUCUCUGCCAGUCCUCGGCUUGCUGGUGCCACCCAGUGCCCACCUCCUGAUGUAGGCAAGGGAGACUUGCCCUCUGAUUCGGGCUUCUCAGACCCGGAGAGCGAAGCCAAGAGGAGGAUCGUGUUUACCAUCUCAGCUAGUGGGGGCAGCACCAAGCAGUCGCCUUCCACCAAGCACAGCCCCCUGGCCCCAGGAGCCCGCGGAGACUGUGGGCAGAGCCACGGGCAGGACAGCCGCAAGCGUGGCCGGAGGAAGCGCACGUCAGCUGGGACCCCAAGCCUGAGCACAGGCGUGUCCCCCAAGCGCCGGGCCCUGCCGUCUGUUGCUGGCCUCUUCACACAGUCCUCAGGGUCCCCCCUCAACCUCAGUUCCAUGGUCAGUAACAUCAAUCAGCCCUUAGAGAUCACGGCCAUCUCAUCCCCUGAGAACUCACUGAAGAGUUCCCCCAUCCCCUACCAGGACCAUGACCAGCCGCCCGUGCUCAAGAAGGAGCGGCCCCUGAGCCAGACCAACGGGGCCCACUACUCCCCAUUGACCUCUGACGAGGAGCCAGGUUCUGAGGAUGAGCCCAGCAGCACCCGAAUUGAGAGAAAAAUUGCAACAAUCUCCUUAGAAAGUAAAUCUCCCCCCAAAACCUUGGAAAACGCAGGUGGUGGCUUGGGACGGAAGCCAGCCCCUGCGAGCGAGCCCGUCAACAGCAGCAAGUGGAAAUCCACCUUCUCACCCAUCUCCGACAUUGGCCUGGCCAAGUCUGCAGACAGCCCCCUGCAGGCGAGCUCCGCGCUCGGCCAGAGCUCCUUGUUCGCCUUUCGGCCAGCCCCAGAGGAGCCUGUCACGGCCGAGGCCAAGCUUGCCACCCACCCAAGGAAAGGCUUUUCUGGCCCCCUGUCAGGGGCAGAUGGGCUCAGCCCAGGCGCCAACCCUCCCAACGGCCUGGCCUUCAGCGGGGGCCUUGCCGCGGACCUCAGUUUACAUGGCUUCAACGACGGUGCUUCCCUUUCCCACAAGGGCCCUGAAGUGGCCGGUCUGAGUGCCCCACUGAGCUUCCCCUCCCAGCGGGGCAAGGAGGGCCCCUCUGAGGCCAACCCCUUCCUGAACAAGAGGCAGCUGGAGGGCCUGGGUGGCCUGAAGGGUGAGGGUGGCCCUGGCAAGGAGCCCACUGAGCCUGGCCUGCCCCCUUGCGGGCCCACGGACAAGGCUGCCCUGCCACACGGCAGCCGGCCCAGCAAAGGCCGGGACCGCGAGCUGGACUUCAAGAACGGCCACAACCUCUUCAUCUCCGCUGCGACGGUGCCUCCUGGGGGCCUCCUGGGAGGCCCUGGCCUCGCCACCGCAGUGUCCUCUGCCGGCAGCGCAGCUCCCGCCACCCAGGCACACCGCCCCUUCUUGGGCACCUUCGCCCCUGGGCCCCAGUUCACCCUGGGCCCCAUGUCCCUACAGGCCAACCUCGGUUCUGUGGCUGGCUCAUCCGUGCUACAAUCCUUAUUCAGCUCCGUGCCGGCCGCCGCGGGCCUGGUACAUGUGUCGUCCGCCGCAACUAGACUGACCAACUCCCACACCAUGGGCAGCUUCUCUUCUGGGGUGGCUGGCGGAACCGUUGGAGGUGUCUUUAACCACACGGUGCCUUCUGCCUCUGCUCAUCCGUUUGGAGCCAGUGUCGGCAGCGGGGCUGUGUGUAGCAGCGCCACGCUGGGCCUGAGCCCGCUGCAGGCGGCGGCCAGCACCUCGGCCUCUUCCUUUCAGGCCCCGGCCUCGGUCGAGACUCGGCCGCCCCCUCCGCCUCCGCCUCCGCCUGCCCCGCUUCCUCCUCAGCACCUGGGCCGGCCCCCUGCGGGGCCGCCUGUCCUCCAUGCCCCCCCUCCUAACGUCGCCUUGCCUCCUCCCGCCGCGCUGCUGCCCUCUAACCCUGAGCCCAUGCUUCUGCAGAACCUAGCGUCUAUCCCGGCUAACAAAGCUUUCUUACCCUCCUCCUCGGCCACCUCUCUGCAGCCUGCUAACGCCUGUCUGUCUGUCAAGCUCGCCUCCCUCCCGCACAAGGUCUCCCGCCCCUCCUUCACGGUGCACCACCAGCCCCUGCCCCGGCUGGCCCUGGCGCAGGCCACGCCCGCGAUCCCGCAGGCCAGCUCCACAGGGCCGUCUGCUGUGUGGGUUUCCCUUGGCAUGCCGCCUCCGUAUGCCGCACACCUUUCGGGGGUUAAGCCUCGAUAAAGACUUGCUUAGCUAGCAGUUCCUAUUCUGUAAGGUAAGGCUAGAGCCACGCAGGCGGUGCUCUCGAGAACUCAGCCCUCCCUCCCGUGGCACAGAAGACGGCCCACAGGGCGCCACAGAGGGCCCCGGGGGAGGUGCCGUGCCGUGGGAGAGCUCCAGGCGCGAGGGCCACAUGUGAGCGCAGGAGCUGCUGGGUCCUGAGGGACACGGGCUGUCCAUGUGGCCCCCCAGCCAUGGCCAGUCAGCAGAUCAGAGAACAGCCACGGGGGCAGAGGUGCACCAUGCCAGCUGCCACAGGGUUCAGGCGCAGUGUGCAGGGCCAGGGCCAGGUGUAGGGGUUGGCUGUUCUUGCCAAGCCCAGGUGACCCUGCAGGGCUGAGAAGUGGAAGGGGUAGCCCUGCCAAGACUGUGACAGACUGGCUGGCGGAGUUGCCAGGGAGCCAGGGCAUGUGAUGAUGACCCUGGUCUGAGUCCUUGUGCACACCUCACAGGAAUUAGGAAAACCCAAGGCACAUGUAGCCCCUGGUGUGCCACAGGUCCCCAAAGGGGUUUGGCCUUGCAGUUCUAGACUGAGGCUCCUGCUGGAAUUCCAGCCCCAGUUCCAGGCGGUCGCGGGCAGCCAGGUGGGGCUGUCAGGGCACACUGGGAACCGAGGCCCAGCCCAGGCCACAGGUGUGGCCACAGCAGUGCUGCAGCCAUGACCCACAGCCAAGGGGCCUUGCCUCCCCCUGGGGACAGAGUGGUCCAUGUCCACUCCACCCCUCGGCCAGUUGCAAGACCUCAGGGUGCCUGUCCUGUCCUGGCAUCCUGUGGAGCAAAGGUGUGCUCACUGGGUGAGGAGUUGAUGGUGGCUCUGACCUGCCCCCAGCAUGUGGGAAGUAGAGACAGACAGGAUGCUGACCACUGGGCUGGUCAGAGUGCUGCUCACUCGGGGGCUGGAGACAGAGCUACGUCUGGCCCCCCGUCUGAGAAGUGCCAGCAGUAGGGUGGCCGCGGUCAGGACGGCUGAGCUGAAGAAGGCUGGGGUUGGCCGCGGCAGCGUCUGGGUGUCGGGCCCCCUGUUUGCCCACAGGGAAUGCCUGCCUCUGUGGGUCUGCCGAGGUGUCCUGCAGGGCGGCCCUGGCGGCGUGGGGUGUGUUCUCUGAAGGCCUUCGGGCUGGCCUGGUAAGUGCCAGGCUCCGCCCAGCAGGCUGCUCAUGAGGCUGCUCUCCCCACUCUGUGCCCCUGCAGGUAACUAGGACUUCUACCUCAACCGCGCGACUAUGCAAGGAUGGUGUGGACCAACGCGCCUGCUGCUCAGUGCUCGCUGGCCUACUGGGCCCCCACCUGGACGGCGGGGACAGGACAGGGACAAGGAGCUCCACUGUGAAUCGGCGGCACGCGCAGGAGGUGCUGCCACAGUCCAGUUUGUACUGUCGAUAGUUUUAGAUAAAGUAUUUAUCGUUUUUUAAAAAGUAUAAACAAUUCUGACUUAUUUUAUUCCAUCUAAGUCGUCAAAGGAACCUAUUGAGAAGUAUAAAUGUCUAUGUGAGAGAGUCUAUAUCUAGAUACACAGACCUGCAGGGCUGCCCGCCCACGGAGACGCCGCCAGCCCGCCCGGUGCUAUCGCGACACCAGGCCCGUGCCUGCCUCCACCUCUCGGUGCUGCCCUGGACACUGACCAACGCCAAGACCAGUCCUCAGAAACGUCCUCCCCAGCACCCAUCACUUGAUCCUGUACCAAAGGCUUGCCCGAUUGUGAGCAGGGGGCUCUGUGGUCAGGGCCCUCAGAGGAGGCCCUCUUCCUGGUGGCCAGCACUGACCUUGCAGCCCUGCCUUCCUCUGGAGCCCCUUGAGCCUCCUGCCCCCACCGCCUCCUGCCCCCUCACUGUGAACACCCCCAACUGUCAACCUUUCGGCCUAGGGUCCAGCCUUUGGCAUUCUGGGCAGUGGGCACAGCUCUGCGGCAGGCGCGGUUCUGACUGGUGCUCCCGAAGGCUCAGUGCCGGUGUCGUGCCCAGUGCAGUCACUUCCAUGUUUGUUUUUCUUUGGUUUGUGGCACCCUGCUUGGUGACAUGGGGCAGGCCCGCGGUGGGUCCCCUUGUAUUUGUGUAUCUGAGAGAGUCACACUGAAGAGUGACAGUAUUUUAUAGAGAUGUGAUGAGAAUUUAUAAAUUUCAUAGACUUGACUGCAUUUAUUUUUAGAUUGUAUAAUGCACAGUGAACUUUAACAGAAGAGAAAGCAAGGGGGAAGAAACCUUUAUAUUUAUUCAAAUGCACAAAACUGGCAUGGGCUCCAGGGCCGGCCCUCACUGCAGACCUCGCAGAGUGCGCCUCGGAGGGGCCUGGCCCACCCCGCCCUCAGGAAGGCGGGCGCCCUGUGCUGUCGGGGUGCUCUGGGCCUGCAGGUCUGGAGGGGAUGCCGGCUCCUCUGGCAGCCUCGUUGGUGCUGAGAACGGACGCGUGGUGUAGCCACAGACGGGCCAGGGCUGCUGGGCCUCCAGGGUGUCCUUGCCUCUCUGAAGCCUCAGCAGACCCCUGGCUGCUCUUGAAGCCUGUCCCAGACCUGGUGCCCCUCCCCCUGCAGUGAGUUCUGCAGAUGGUGCUGGUGACCCACCCCUCCUGUUGGUGCUCUCGGCCAGGCCUGCAGGUGCUGUGCCUCAUUCCCAGGGGCUCCAGCCCAGCCCUUAGCACGGCAGUGCCCUGCUUGGUGUGGGGGACUGAGGGUCACUUCUCACCACACAGCUUCCCCAGGUGCCACAGGGUGGUAGAAGUGAAGUCCACACACAGCAAGUCCCGGGUCUGAUGCAAACCCAUUCUUUAAACACUGUAUGCUUCCACCCACCUCCCCAGGUAGUGGUGGCUUGUGUGUGGGGCAGGCCAUGCCAACGUGGCCUCCUGCCCACACACCUUCCUAGGACUAAUCUGCACGUACGCUUGAGUGUCGGGAGAUACCACCACGUGUUAGGCAUGUGCCUGACACUGAGCCCUACUGGGUCUCAGGUGUCCCAGCAAGUUCCCUCUUGAGCCCACCAGGGGAUGGGCAUGUAACCCAAGCCCCAGCUGACCAUGGGGCCAGCAGCCUCCUGUUCUCAGCACCCCAGGCCCCUGCUACCCUCAGAAACCACCCAGAUUCACCCACUGCCCACGUGCUGGCACCCAGGGAUGCUGGUGUGGGGCAGUGCUGACAGAGCUGUGCCGGAGUCUGGGGCUGACACCCGUCUCAGUUACCUUGGGGGGGGGUGGGUGCUGCUGGGUGCUGAGGGUGACUGCAGGGAAGCCCUGGAGCGCCAACUGGCUCCCGCUCAGGAAUUGUCAGGAAGCCGUAAGGACUGGGCCCUGCAGGCUGCCUGCUGGUCAGCAUCUACACUAACCUACGAACCUGGGACUCAUCACCCUGUUGGACCACCCUCCUUGUCCUGGUGUAAUGUCCAUCCACAUAGCCUUCCCUUGCCCAGCUUGUUUGUAACGCAGCGCAGCCUUGUUUCAACUCUGUAGUGUACUCUGUACUCGCUGGGCGCAUGGCCAGCUCCAACCCUGGCGCCCGCUGCAUUGUUCCACCUCUGGGCGCUAUAAUAAAACAGUUUUCACCUGGA